AUGACCAAAAUAAGGUUAGAAAUACUCAUUAUUCCAUUGAAUUAUGCAAAUAAACCAACAAGCCAGAUAGAUCGACUGGUUUGUAAACGUUUUUUACAUUUAGAAAACCCAGCAAUUGAUCUUAAAGAAGUUAAAGAACAACUUGAUACUAGAUACAAAAAAUUAUAUCCAAAUGAAGAUAAGCUCGAGAUUGAGGGACUUCAAGAUACAGAUCUUUGCGAUUUAGAUCCCGAUUAUUGUCUUUCUGAUGUCUUUAACUCAGGUGAUAUUUUAAGAGUUACGGUGAGAAAUCAAUUUAAAAGUACUGGCUUAUCAGUAUCUAAGGGAAGAAUUCAAGGUACGCAGAGCCCAAAAGUGCUUGAGAAGGCACCAAUUGUUACUUGUAGUCGCAAGCGAGGUAACCAAUGUCUUGAUAAUAGCGAUACCAAUGAUUCUGUUAACCAAUCAAAGACAAAUACAACUACAGUGUUGCCACAGCCCAAAGAACACGUAUCUUGUUCUGGACCACUUUUCAAACCUCAGAUAACAGAAGCUAUAAUCGUUCCGGAAAAGAAGCAUCGAGUGCCCUCAUCUUCUCCCAAAGAUAGGGGUAAUGGCAAGACAAUUGCAUCAGCCACUGUAUCUAUCCCUGCCCAAGGCCAACUAGCACAAAAUCGAAACCUCAAAAGGAGGGGAAGACCUCGAAAUACCACGUACAGUUCAAAAUUACAAAGCUUAGCCUCGGGUUCCUCUUCCCAUCUACUUAGCAACAAUAGAGGAACUUCCAAGGCAGGUCGUAUAUCAGUAGUACAUCCAGAUUCCAGUAACAUUAAAGAAGUCAUUGUUGUCUCAAGUGAAAACGAAGAAAGCACACUAGAUUCUGACUCCGAUCAAACUGGUCAAAUUAAGUCAGUGGAAUCUUGUGCUCCUAGAAAAUACUGUUUUCAUCCAAAACUAGGGGAAUCAAACCAAACUCGUCCUAAAGCAAAACCUGGAAAAGUUGCACUAACGAAAGAUGGCAGAGGCCAUAGUCACAAAGCUAAGAUACCCCGUCUGUGCAGAGCCACAAAUUCUGAGAGCAGUUCAGAACCCAACGAGCCUAAACCCAAACCCAACUACCGCCCCCCCAAACUGGAAGAAGUUUUGAAGAAACUCAAAAUAGAUAUGCAGGAUGAUAAGGGUGAAUCAAGGCACAGUAGGCUAUCACGAAGACUGACUUCCCCUACCUUAUUGACUGAUACUCCCAGCAACCGAGCAGCAAGGGCAGCUUCUCGUUCAUGGUAUUCAUCAUCAAAAGCAACGGGGGUCAAAGAUUCAGAGAAGUCACAUAUUCCAGCCUCAGAACAAAACAAAACAUAUCUGGUCUCGAGAUCCAUGAUACUGCAGAACUUAGUCUAUGAGUGA